AUGCCGUCACUAGCACCUACUCGACCAAUCUGGAUCGCUACCGAACCUGGUCAGCUUCGAUACCGCCAGGAUUUCGCCGACUGGGUCGCAAGGGCGGCGACACACCUCGCUGUUGAUGUAGCUCGAGUCCAGGCGGUGGUUGAUGAUCCCCAGCAGGACCAGACCCUUUUUGACAAGUUGGUAGACUAUGGGUUGAGGAAAAAGAGGCCGCCAUUUCGUCCAGGUAGCAUGGCCCCAGAGAUGGAAAGGUUGAGUGGAAAUGAUGUUCCAGAUUGCACUGAAUGCGGGCAGAGGCAUCCAGAAGGAGAGCGUGUACUACGUCAUAACGCAGACUGGAUGCCACCGCCCAUCGAGAUCGCCGUACGGAAGCGAUGGCAUUCAGAGGACGACUCUCUCGAUAAACAGAUUCAGAUCAAAGACGUACAGAAGGAGCUCUUGACUCUCGGGAAUGUCGUGGCUGUACCUGGAGUACUUAUACAAGCAGACGAGGCCCGGACCAGGAAAAAGUAUUAUCAGAGCCACUUUUACGUACAGAACAAGACCUGUGAAGAUCCCUUUCUGGGAUACCAUGAGCUCUACCGGGCCUCCAUGGGGGGGUUCGAGAGCUCCAACUACUGGAUGUCUCCCUCUCCGUCGUCGUCCCUUCAAGCACGUACCCCGCAGUCGUGCUCGAUCUCUCGUCCAUCGGAUACACCAAGCAGGAGCGGUAGCAGCGGUAGCAGGCAAUACAUGCCGGGCCUGCACGGGCUGCAAGACGAGAUCUCUGAUCUCAAAAAAGAGUUGCAGACGGUACGAGAUGGGAAGCAGGCGGCUGAGGAGAAGCAGAAGAUUGCGGAAAAGCUACUAGAGAAUGAGAGGAGCGCAAAGAAGGCUGCCGAGGUGGCGCAUGCCGCCCGGGUCAAGGAGAUCGAGAAUGAGCGCGACUCGGCUCGUAGAUCCUUCCGACAGCUCGAUGAGAAGCAGCGUCAAUGGCAAGCCAGCUUGCAAAUGGUGAGAGACGGGGUCAUUUCGGUGAAUGAGCUGAAGGCAAAAGUAGCCGAGCUCGAACAAAUCGGACUGGCCGAUGACGAGGGCAUCACGUCGCUCGAACAGGAAAAGACUCAGCUCGAAACUGCGCUGGAUCUUGCCAACGAGAAGAAGACGGAGCUUAAAACGGCGCUGGAUUCUGCCAACAAGAAACUCUUGGAGGCCGCCGAGCGCGAGGCUGCUUUAGAGGCCGCAAGAUCAAACGCUGUCGUCCAGCUCAACGCUGCUGUGGAGGCGGCGAACGAGGCCAAGAAAGUCGCCAACAAGGCAGAGGAAGCAAAGGAGGCUGCCACCAAGGCGCUCAAGGCCGCUUCUGAUGAUGCCACCACCAGUUUGCGUCGGAAGGACCAGAGUAUGGGGGCGCUCAAAAAGAGGAUCAAGACGCUCAGUGGAAAAGUUGCGGGGUCGCAGACCGGGCGAAUCCGAGACCUCAAGAAUUCGCAAACGAAAGUCGUAUCCCUACAGAACAAGCUCGAGACGUCACAGAAUAAGGUAGACUCCCUGGAGAACGAGCUCAAAACGUCGCAGACAAAGGUGACCUCCCUGGAGAACGAGCUCGAGACGUCGCAAAACGCGCUCAGAAACCACGAAGAAGCCGCCAAAUCGAAGAGCAAGGAGCUCCAGAGUUUACAAGCGGCCGCCAAAUCCAGUACGGAAGAAAUGAAAGCCCUACGAGCGAAACUAGAGACGGCCAAGUCGGAGAACGAAGCCGCAAAUAUACGCAUCGAGGAUGCGAAAAGAAAUAUCAGACGUAUCCGCGAAGAGCGCACGACUGCGCAGACCGAGUUGCAGUUGGUGAAGCGCUCCAUGGACGAAUUGAGCAGGGUCGUUCUUGCAACAGAGCACGAGGACGCCUCAUCAGGACCCGCCCUGGGGAUCGCAUCAAAGUCGGGCAGGAUGGCCGGUCCUAAUGGACAGCUCGACGUCUUUUCUACAAAAUCGGCUCCAUUGCUCUUGGUCAGUGACUUUUAUGUCGCGUAUCGGGCCUACAAGAAUAGCUCGGGAAACAAUCUCGAGAUCAAGAUCAAGGUUCUCCGGGUCAUGGGUCAGGCUCUACGGGCGGACAAGGUCGGCAACUUUGUUCCUCAUCAUCGGCCUGGGGAACAGCUGACGGGUGGCGCAGAAUUGAGCAAGCGACUGGUCUUGGCCGCUCAAAGUACGUGUCAUUGCGGUAAGAAUGUUGAACACUUGCCUACUCGAGCAAACCGUCUAAAGAUGGCUAUCAUCACCAUGACAGGUCUCGUUGAACGUGGUCUGGACAAUCUGCCCGCGCUUGAUGAUCCGGAACAGGCGAAAAAGGCUGUAGAGGCCGCGGGACUCGUCGUCAAGUUGGCUCGUGAGCUGCAAUCGAUCAAGAGGAUUUAG